AGGAAAUGGCGCCAAGGUACGAGAGCUGGAAAGUUAAUGUUUUGCACAAAUACAUGAUCGCAGGACAAACUGACGACCCGAGCGUCGCCAAAUGUUUGCAGAUGAAUAAAUUGAGGUUUUAACUUUAUUUGUCCUAUGUUUAUAAGAAGCAGUAACCAGAUAAAGUAUGUAUGAAGGUGACAGCAGCAUACAUCAUGGAGACAAGCUUGUAACAGCUGGAGUAGAGACAGUGUUUUCUUUGAAACCCGAGUCAUCAUUUGACAGCGGUUACAGUUCAUCACCUGCAAAGUUCAGUUUUGGUAUUUCUCCAGCCUCUAACUUGCCUAGUAACCAGACGGGGUUAUCAACAAUGGAUCGUACUGCAGCCUUUAUUGCCAGUCCUCUGAGGGGUAACACAGAUUCCAACCCAGGCACAAUCAGCUUGAGUCCAGUAAAGUUAGAACCUGGUUUAUUCAGUCCAUUUAAAAAUUCAUCGCUCAGUCCGUUCAAAGAUUCCUCUCUCAGUCCGUUCAAGUUGAUAAAUCAGAGUCCCUCCAAGGGAGCAUUUGACGAAUGGGACAAAGAUUUUAUUGCAAGCUUUCAAGAAAACCUUUUUGGUGAUGUGACAGGAAAUACCAGCAUAGUAGAUGAAUGGUUGAGAUCUCCUCAGGGGAAGGCUUUACUAGAAAGCAGAAACAGUCCACUUAGAAAUGGAGGAAGUGCUGUAAGGAGACUGAAAAUAUCUCCAGAAAAUAAGAACCGAAAACAGAAUUUUCAGCCACUUCAUGAUGAUGUUGAGUUCCUUUGUAGUGCUCCAGUAUAUAUAAAAGAAGAACCCUUUACAGACUCUCAAGUGAAGGAGGAAAAUAUGGCCCACGACCACAUGUAUGGACAGUCUCUUGUGUAUGUCAAUACAAACACACUUAGUGCAAUAGAUCCAAAUAAAAUGAGUGACACCCCCUAUAAACCUAAGUUUACAAAUCGGGAAAACGCACCUAUUCGCAAGUUGUCAAUGCGAAUACCAGAAAUAGCUGGGGCAGUCCCAACAGUUCUUGUGCAAAAGGAAAAUAUUUCUGAGAAUUGUUGGCCAUCAAAAGAGAAACUGAAAUUUGCGCGCUUGCAGUUUCGAGAAACUCUUAACAAAGCUGUUGAAAAUGAAUUGGAGAUUUUGAAGGAGCAAAGACGGAAAAAAGCUGAAUUGCUUAAAAGACAGACUUGCAAAGAAGACAAAAAAAGCAAAUGUGAUUCUAAGAUAGUUGUUCAUACUGGUGGGGUUGUGACAAAAACUGGGCACAAACAUGGUGGAAAAGUUUCUAAAGGUGGAAAGUCGAAGGGUAAAGUUGGUCGUAAAGCGGUAAGGAAAGAUAAGUACCCACAGAUUAAGAUGGCUUUAUCAAAACCUAUGAAACAUGAGGAAACUUCACCAUUUGUCCAUCGAGAACUUUUUCCUCCCGCAGGAUUCACUGACCCAGGCUGGUACCCUAGUGAUGAUGAAGACGAUGACGAUGAUGAUUCAUGGUCUGGACCACCACCAUUUUUCAAGCAGUCAAGUGUAGAAGUAUACAGAAAUAGCAUUGUUGAUUCUUCAGAUGAUGAUUGGAACCAGUCCGGUUACCAAUAUGAAACAUUGUCAGGGCGUAAAGUUAAGAAACGUAAAAUGUAUAAUUAAUCUUGUAUAUCUUGUGGUUAUAGUUUUAGUAUAGAACUAAAGGCAAUAUUUAUCAACAAAGCAUAUUUUAUUUCAGAUACUGGUAUUGUAGUUAGAUUUCAAUUUUGAUACAUUUUGCAGUUUUAGGUAUGAUGAUUAUUUUUCAUACAGAAUACAAUAUUGUAAGCAUUGCUAUGUAUCUGUUUUAUAGUUUUAUGUUAAAAGAUGUAAUAAGCAAGUAAACAGAAUUAAUAGAGGAUCCUCAACUAUUUUUCCAUAUUGCAUUUUUUUUUAUUGAGGAUCACACACUAAUGGCUUUCCAUAUUGAUCUUUUCAAACCAGUGUAAUGAAAUGAGGCAAUUUAAAGCAAUGACAAAAAUGUAAGCUUUUUAUCACAUGUAAGUUUUUCGACCAAAACAUGCGAAUUUCAUCUUUCUUUAUUUUCUAUAAAUAUAGUCAAUUCGACCAAUGUUGUUGUUUUUUACUUGGGACAAAGUCAGCUAUUUUUAUGCCAAAUCGUAAGAGUUGUAUGGCUUUUGUUAACUCACAUGCACAACAAAACUGAACAACCCUUAGUUCAUUGCAAGUGUUGUUAUAAGAUAUAAUACACGUGUGUAAGCUACUUCAUUGUUUCUUUUCAUUACGAUUCUAACUGUUUUGUGAGAUAUCAAUUUUGGUCAUUAGUAUACGUUAACUUUUAUUUUGAUAUUAGUAAACAGGACAAGUUAUUUAUUUGUAGGCUUAUCGGGUUAACUGACUAUGAAAUUGUUUAGAAAAAAACAUUUCACUGACUAUAAAAGAACAAGAUACAUGAAUUAUAAAAGAUAAUAGAGAAGUGUUGUCCACCGCUAAUUGUGUGAAAUUUAAGUGUAUAAAAAGUGUUGCUGUCUUUCAAUAUAUAUAUGGGUUUAUGUACAUAUUUUGUAUGCAUGUUGUUGACUGUGAUGUUAAUUGUUUUCUAGCCAAAUGUUUGCAAUUGAUUCAAUGUUUGUUUUUUGUUGGUUUUCUUUCACUUUUGUUUUUUACAAAGUAAAGGACAUACCUCUUAUAGGAAUAUUUAUACGAUGUUGUUUUCAAAAAAAAAGAAUUCUUAUGCCAUAGGCAUCUACUCAUGCGGGAGGUAUAUAGUGAUUGUCCUGUCCGUCCGUUUGUUCAUCCGUCCGUCCGUACAAGGUUAACCAAAUGGGACCGUUUCGUCUAGCAUCAAUACCCCUAACUAGAAUGACUUGAUACUAAUGCAGAUGUAACCUGUGACCAUUCCUCAUCUUCAGACAUCACCUGACCUCAGCUUGACAUUGACCUAGUUUUGGACUUGGGUUGUUUUGUAUCAACAAGGAUGCCACCGGGGGCAUCAAGCGUUUAUUGAACGCAGCUACUUGUUAGCUCACCUGUAACAUAGUGACAAGGUGAGCUUUUGUGAUCACCUGCGUCCGUCUGUGCGUCAACAAUUUCUUGUCUGCACGAUAGUGGUUUCAUUAUUGAUUUUAUUUUAACCAAACUUGCACACAACUUGUAUCAUCAUAAGAUGUCGGUUGCUUUCUUGAACUGGCCAGAUCCCAUUAUGGGUUCCAGAGUUAUGGCCCCUGAAAGGGCCAAAAAUAGCUAUUUUGACCUUGUCUGCACAAUAGCAGCUUCAUUUAUGAUUAGAUUUUUACCAAACUUGCACACAACUUGUAUCACCAUAAGAUCUUGGUUCCUUUCUUGAAAUGGCCAGAUCCCAUUAUGGGUUUCAGAGUUAUGGCCCCUGAAAGGGCCAGAAUUAGCUAUUUUGACCUUGUCUGCACAAUAGCAGCUUCAUUUAUGAUUUUAUUUUAACCAAACUUGCACACAACUUGUGUCACCUUAAGAUCUUGGUUCCUUUCUUGAACUGGCAAGAUUCCUUAAUGGGUUCCAGAGUUAUGGCCCCUGAAAGGACCAAAAUUAGCUAUUUUGACCUUGUCUGCACAAUAGCAGCUUCAUUUAUGAUUUGAUUUUAACCAAACUUCUACACAACUUGUAUUACCACAAGAUCUUGGUUCCUUCCUUGAACUGGCCAGAUUCCUUUAUGGGUUCUAGAGUUAUGGCCGCUUAAAGGCCCAAAAUUUACUAUUUUGGCUUUUGCAGCCAUAUAGAGACUUCAUUUAUGGUUUGAUUUGAUACAAACUUCCAAAAUAUCUUCAACGACAAUAAAUCUUUGAUUCUAUGAUGAAUCUGUCAGAUCCAAUCGUAGGUUCCAUGGUUAUUUAAUAUCUGAUUACCUCCCCUGAUUGUAAUCAAAAUGGAUUUAUAUCAGUAAGUACUUAUAGGACUUAUUUGAAAUUUCAUUAUUGUCAUUAGUUGGACUGAGACAAUCAGGGUAGAUAACUAUGGACUAUUUUAAUUACCUCCCUUUGUUUCAAAUUGAAAUGGGUAUAUCUCCGUAACUAAUGAAGAUACUGAUCUGAAAUUUCAUUUAUGUCAACAGAUGGACUUGGACAAUCAGUGAAGAUAUAUAUUGACUGAAUUUAUGACAAAUUACCUCCCUUUAUUUUUUAUCUAAAUGAAUACACCUUAACAACUUCUAAUGAGAUUGGUUUGAAACAAUCAUAUCAUUUUGAGCAGUGGUACUCAGGUGAGCGAUACAUGUUAUUUAGUGUCCCUGUUUAGUUCUUUCGUUAUGUGUAAACACAAUAAACGUACACAUAAUAAACUAUAUAUUGGGUGCAUUUUCAAUAGUAGCACAAUCCAUUUAUAGCUCGAAUAUUCGAAGAAUAGGGGAGCUAUCCUACUCGCCCCGGCGUCGGCAUGAGCGUUAGCGCGAGCGUGAGCGUCACACAAAUGUUAAAGUUAGCGUACCACCCCAAAUUUUUUCAGAGUCCAUUGAGAUACUGCUUUGAUAUUUUGCAUACUUGUUUACCAUCAUGACCCCAGUCUGUAAAAAGGAGGAGGCAACUCUAUCAAGCAUUUUGACUGAAUUAUGGCCCCUUUUUGACUUAGAAUAUGCUUAUUGUAAUGUUAAAGUUUUACUCAUAGCUUUUAUUAUACUAUCAAGCGACUGAGAAUAGUCGAGUGCGCUGUCAACUGACAGCUCUUGUAUUUCUUUCCCAUUUUUUUUUUUUUUUUUUUUUUUUUUUAAUCUUUACAUUAGAAUGAUGCUAAUUAGAAAUAUAAAAUGUAAGCCUUUAUAAUUUCAUCAGCUGACAGGUAUGUAACCUAGGUAACAUGCCAUACUGUACCUAAUACUUAGUAUAUGAGGUGAGGUAAGCAAAUCAGCAAUACAAAAUGAGCUCCUUCACUUAGUGACUAUGGGCACGGACUAUAAACAGUUGCUUGUUGCUGCUUUGUAUACAAAACUUUGCUUGGGGUGUAGGUUGUUUUUUUUCUACCAGGUGCAGAUCUGUGCCUGAAAUAAUGCCCGAAGUUCCUUCAACAUCAGAAUCUGGAAAAUCUCCAUGACCUAUAGUUGAUGUGAUGUUCAACCAAGAAGCGAAAAUACCUUCUAGUUCUGUAUUAAGAAUGGAACGAGUUUUGUUGUUGUUUUUUUUCUAUGUAUUUUGGUGAAAUAUAGAGAAAAAGUAGUUAAGUACUAGGUUUUAUUACAUGUUUUCCAGUGAAUUAUCGAAACAGUGAAAUAUAUCGGUUAUUUUCAGUUUAAAAUAUCAGCUUUAUUUUUCACUGGUAAGAAACUUUAAAAUGGGUAAAUUUAGUCAAAAUGUGAAAUAAAAAGAAAGUUUUUGUUUUACAUGGAAGAUCAAAAUAUCUUUCACUCUAGACACCAUAUCCUACAUUUUCAUUCAUGGCUAUGACACUCGUAAAAAUUUUAUCUGGUGUUCUUUUGUGAAAGAUGUUUCAAUCUUACACUGAAACAAACAAAUAUCCUCUGUAUCAUUUAUUUAUUUUAUAUAUGUUUAAAGUGGUAUUUUUAUUUCCAGUAACUUGUUUGUGUUUUAAGGUAGACAUGUAUUGCUAGCCUAUUAAUGUGGAUUAAUACUGUAAAUGAGGAAUUGUCCAUGAAGGAUUAAUUUCCAGUCAAUAUUCCUGAUUAGGCCUAACCAAAAAAAAUGUUUUCCGGUAACAUGCUGAAAAAAAUUAGGGUACGUAGGUUGUUAAAACAAUUUUUAUGGGGAUGGGGAUUUUGUUUUUUUAUUGAGUGGGACAUUUCGGAAACUAUUUUUGUGUCAAAAAUUGAAUACAAAUAAGGGGUUUAUGCCUUUAGAGCAUCAGUAAGUUGAUUUCUAACAUCACUGACCAUGUUUAAAGCAUAAAAAGUGCAGUUUUGCAACUUCUUGUUAAAAAGUGAUUAAAUUAAAUGAUUUUGCGUUAGUGGUAGGGUGAGGGAUUGAGAGGAUUUGUACAAAAAAAAUUAAUACAUAAUUAUAUCUUAGUCCAGGUAAUGAUUAUUGAAAUAUGACCAAAAAUGGUUUAACUUAGUUACAUUGUGGAGUUAGUAAAAUUUCUAUAGUGAACUGGUUUCAUUAUUUAUAAAUUCUUACAUGUUUUGGUAUAUAUAUAAUUUCUUUGUUUUAAGCUUAAAAAGAUUAUUAUUUAUUUCUUCUGUUUAUCAAGGGCAGUGAGAUGAUUUUCUUGGCAUUUUAUAUUGUUUCUCUUAUAUGAAUAAAUUUUGCUAUCUGUUUUACAUGCUCAUGGCUUCAGAUAACUUUUAAUGUCAUUGUGUAUUUACUUGUCAUAAUUCUUGUGAAUGAGUUAAAUGAUAAAAUCUGAACUUGACUAGGAGUAAUUUUGCUCAUGAAAAUUUCUGGCGAGAAAAACCAAGAAAUCAGUUUUAUAACAUUUAUUGCAAGUAACACCAGGUCCUGUAUGUUUGUUUGCAGUUAAUUUGCAAUUCAGCAGCCAAGUUUUUGCUUUUUAGCUCACCUGUCACAAAGUGACAAGGUGAGCUUUUGUGAUCGCGCGGUGUCCGUCGUCCGUCCGUCCGUAAACUUUUGCUUGUGACCACUCUAGAGGUCACAUUUUUCAUGGGAUCUUUAUGAAAGUUGGUCAAAAUGUUCAUCUUGAUGAUAUCUAGGUCAAGUUCGAAACUGGGUCACGUGCCGUCAAAAACUAGGUCAGUAGGUCUAAAAAUAGAAAAACCUUGUGACCUCUCUAGAGGCCAUAAUUUUCAAUGGAUCUUCAUGAAAAUUGGUCAGAAUGUUCAUCUUGAUGAUAUCUAGGUCAAGUUCGAAACUGGGUCACGUGCGGUCAAAAACUAGGUCAGUAGGUCUAAAAAUAGAAAAACCUUGUGACCUCACUAGAGGCCAUAUAUUUCACAAGAUCUUCAUGAAAGUUGGUCAGAACGUUCACCUUGAUGAUAUCUAGGUCAAGUUCGAAACUGGGUCACGUGCCUUCAAAAACUAGGUCAGUAGGUCAAAUAAUAGAAAAACCUUGUGACCUCUCUAAAGGCCAUAUUUUUUAUGGGAUCUGUAUGAAAGUUGGUCUGAAUGUUCAUCUUGAUGAUUUCUAGGUCAAGUUUGAAACUGGGUCACGUGCCAUCAAAAACUAGGUCAGUAGGUCUAAAAAUAGAAAAACCUUGUGACCUUUCUAGAGGCCAUAUAUUUCACAAGAUCUUCAUGAAAAUUGGUCAGAAUGUUCACCUUGAUGAUAUCUAGAUCAAGUUCGAAACUGGGUCACGUGCCAUCAAAAACUAGGUCAGUAGGUCUAAAAAUAGAAAAACCUUGUGACCUUUCUAGAGGCCAUAUAUUUCACAAGAUCUUCAUGAAAAUUGGUCAGAACGUUCAACUUGAUGAUAUCUAGGUCAAGUUCAAAACUGGGUCACGUGCCAUCAAAAACUAGGUCAGUAGGUCAAAUAAUAGAAAAACCUUGUGACCUCUCUAAAGGCCAUAUUUUUCAUGGGAUCUGUGUGAAAGUUGGUCUGAAUGGUCAUCCUGAUGAUAUCUAGGUCAAGUUCGAAACUGGGUCACGUGCGGUCAAAAACUAGGUCAGUAGGUCUAAAAAUAGAAAAACCUUGUGACCUCUCUAGAGGCCAUAUAUUUCAUGAAAUCUUCAUGAAAAUUUGUCAUUAUGUUCACCUUGAUGAUAUCUAAGUCAAGUUCGAAAGUGGGUCACGUGCCAUCAGAAACUAGGUCAGUUGGUCAAAUAAUAGAGAAACCUUGUGACCUAACUAGAGGCCAUAUUUUCCAUGGGAUCUGUAUGAAAGUUGGUCUGAAUGUUCAUCUUGAUGAUAUCUAGGUCAAAUUUGAAAGUGGGUCACGUGCUGCAAAAACUAGGUCAGUAGGUCAAAUAAUAGAAAAACCUUGUGACCUCUCUAAAGGCCAUAUUUUUCAAUGGAUCUUCAUGAAAGUUGGUCUGAAUGUUCAUCUUGAUGAUAUCUAGGUCAAAUUCAAAACAGGGUCAUGUGCAGUCAAAAACUAGGUCAGUAGGUCUAAAAAUAGAAAAACCUUGUGACCUCUCUAGAGGCCAUACUUGUGAAUGGAUCUUCAUAAAAAUUGGUCAGAAUGUUCACCUUGAUGAUAUCUAGGUCAAGUUCGAAAGUGGGUCACGUGCCUUCAAAAAGUAGGUCAGUAGGUCAAAUAAUGAAAAAACGUGACCUCUCUAAAGGCCAUAUUUUUCAUGGGAUCUGUAUGAAAGUUGGUCUGAAUGUUUAUCUUGAUGAUAUCUAGGUCAAGUUUGAAACUGGGUCAACUGCGAUCAAAAACUAGGUCAGUAGGUCUUGAAAUAGAAAAACCUUGUGACCUCUCUAGAGGCCAUACCCUUGAAUGGAUCUUCAUGAAAAUUGGUCAGAAUGUUCACCUUGAUGAUAUCUAGGUCAAGUUUGAAACUGGGUCACGUGCCUUAAAAAACUAGGUCAGUAAGUCAAAUAAUAGAAAAACUUUGUGACCUCUCUAGAGACCAUAUUUUUCAAUGGAUCUUCAUGAAAAUUGGUCAGAAUUUUUAUCUUUAUAAUAUCUAGGUCAAGUUCAAAACUGGGUCACAUGAGCUCAAAAACUAGGUCACUAUGUCAAAUAAUAGAAAAAACGACGUCAUACUCAAAACUGGAUCAUGUGGGAAGAGGCGAGCGAUUCAGGACCAUCAUGGUCCUCUUGUUUGUUUCCCUUGGCUUACAGUCCUCUAUCCAUAACUACCCACUGAUGAGUGGCUAGUUUUGGGUUGUACUCGACCACUGGUUCUCCAUAAAGGAUCACCCUUAGCAAUGAUUCAAAAUGCGUAUCUAUAGUGGACAUUUGAAGAUUGCUAGAGCCAGGAGAAGGAUGUUUGGUAGAUCAAUUUCUAUUGGUUAAAAAUAUGUGUAGAGUGUUUGUUUACUUUUUUAUCUCCUUGAAAGUGAUAUUUUGUUAUUUUCUGGUCACCAGAAUUUUGAUAAUUUUAACCGACUUUGAAAAUACAUUACCGCACCAUAACUAUGUAAACGGAAUGGGAAUAUUUGCAAGGUGCAUGCUCGCACAUCGAGGGCUUAGAGCGAAACUGGUCUAUCUGUAUAUGUUACUUAAUGCAUCCAGUUUUUGUUUACACUACAAUAAAGUAAUUGCAAGCAUUUCUGUAAUUUCAUUUACGUUUUUAUAUGCACAAAAUUACCAUACAUUUAUAAGUGCAUUAUUUCAGUGCAAAACAUAUGCUUAUACCCAUCUUAACGUGAGCCCUGAUACAAUACAUACGGUUGAGCAAUUAAACAUCUGUAAUUUGCUAGAAAGCAGAUUAAAUAGAUGUUUGUUGCAUUUUCAUUCUCCAAUUUUCGCAAGUUUGGAAAAGGCAACAGUGUUUAGUUCACAUGUCACAAAGUGACAAGGUGAGCUUUUGUGAUCGCGCAGCGUCUGUGCGUCCGUCCGUGCGUAAACUUUUGCUUGUGACCACUCUAGAGGUCACAUUUUUCAUGGGAUCUUUAUGAAAGUUGGUCAGAAUGUUCAUCUUGAUGAUAUCUAGGUCAAGUUUGAAACUGGGACAUGUGUGCGAAAACUAAGUCAGUAGGUCUAAAAAUAGAAAAACCUUGUGACCUCUCUAGAGGCCAUACUUUUGAAUGGAUCUUCAUGAAAAUUGGUCAGAAUGUUCAACAUGAUGAUAUCUAAGUCAAGUUCGAAACUGGGUCACGUGCCUUCAUAAACUAGGUCAGUAGGUCAAAUGAUAAAAAAAAACACCUUGUGACCUCUCUAAGAGGCCAUAUUUUUCAUGGGGUCUGUAUGAAAGUUUGAAUGUUCAUUUUGGUGAUACCUAGGUCAAGUACAAAACUGGGUCAGUAGAUCUAAAAAUAGAAAAACCUUUUGACCUCUAUCUUAUUUGAUAUCUAGUUCGAAACUUGGUCAUGUGGGGUCAAAAACUAGGUCAUUAGGUCAGAUAAUAGAAAAACGUUGUGACAUCUCUAGAGGCCAUAUUUUUCAUGAGAUCUUCAUGAUAAUUGGUGAGAAUGUUCACCUUGAUGAUAUCUAGGUCAAGUUUAAAAUUGGGUCACAUCAGCUCAAAAACUAGGUCACUGUGUCAAAUAAUAGAAAAAAUGAUGUCAAUCUCCGUUCAAAACUGGGUCACAUGGGGACAGGUGAGCGAUUCAGGACCAUUAUGGUCCUCUUGUUUGGGGAGUUCUUUUUUUGUAAAAAGCAAAUUUAUGCCUAGAAAAUCAUCUGAUUGUCCUGUGUUUAUUGUGAAAAUGUUGUUAAUGCUUUGUUUUUAUAGAUUUUAAUGAUUUUUUUCUGUGUUUCAGAGUUCAUUAAGAAUAGUUGCUGGCUCUGAAUCUGUGAAUCAGAAUUUUUGAAUAACCCUUUGUAUAUUUUUGAUAAUAUUAAAAGGUAGCCUGACAUUAUACUAUAGAUAUAUCUAGUAAAUGUAUCUACAUUUGCCUUUUAAAUGGAAAUAAAAAGGGAAAGAGAA